GAAUGGGUCCAGGGUCGUGAUGAGCACAUUUCAACAGACUCCGGUGACAGUCCUUGGUGAAGUUUGGCGCCGGCGUCAGAGAAUUACACCGAGUCUGGUGGCUGUUGUUGUUUUGUCGGGACUAAUCAUGUUUCCACUGGAGACACUGCGUAAACGCAUCGAGCCAGUGGUCCUAUGUGCUCAAAUAGCAAGCGCGUUUUUCGACACCGGCUUACAGAUGGUAGUAAAAGAGCAAUGCGCCACUGCGACUGAUGCGCUGAAUCCAACCCCCAACGAGGAUAGCCGGCAGAAAGCUAUGUCCAACUUUUACAUGAUAUAUAAUAUGCUGUCCAAGUUCGUUCCGAUCCUACCAGCCAUUAUCUUAGCCAGGGUAGGGGAUCUGGGGUACCGUAAGAUCCCCAUCGUUAUCCCUCUGGUGGGUUACCUGGUCUCCAGAGUGGUCUUACUCCUGGUCAUACUGAUGGAGCUCCCGGUACAGGUUAUGUUCGGUGGGGUGGUGGUACACGGACUCAGCGGCGGGUUCUGCUCUUACUGGGCCGGGAUCAUGGCCCUGGUGUCGCUCACCUCCACCGAGGAGGACCGCUCUCUCCACAUGAUGCAGAUGGAAUUGGUCUAUGGCAUAGCUGGACUUAUAGGUAGUUUGGUGUCUGGGCACCUCUUCCAGUUGUACAGUGUAGAUUUUAAACAGGGGACUCUGUUAGUGAGCCUGAGUGUCUUCCUCUACUUUGUGUGUCUCAUCUACACAAUUUUUAUCUUUCUAAUGCCAACCGUCUCGCCAAGCGCACAAGAGCGCAACGAGACCAACGGUAUCGACACGCCAUAUUCCAAGAAUAUUCGGAACAUUCUGCUUCUUUUUGCGGGUGGGAUUCUAUAUGACGUGGCGGUGGGAGGAGGCAUGGAGAUACUGAUGACCUUUGAGAUGAAGGAGCCACUAAACUGGAACGCCACCCAGGUAGGCUACGGUAACGCCGCCGGGUUCCUGGUCUUCCUGACCAGCUUCCUGGGCGUCAUGGUAAUGUCCAGGUGGGUGAGUGACGUCACCCUCAUCAUCAUCGGCAUGGUGUCCUUCGCUGCCGGGAUCUACUUCAUGGCCUUCGUCACGGCAACGUACAUGUUCUAUCUGGCACGAGCCCUCACACUGUUCGCCCUGAUUCCCAUGCCCACCAUCCGUGCCCUACUGUCUAAACAGGUCAACGGCUCGUCAUAUGGGAUCACCCUCAUCUCACUGCAGCUGACCUUUAAGAUCGCCAGCCUGGCCUACACUCCCAUCUACACCAAGGUUUACCAGGCUACGCUGGGCUGGUUCCCUGGGUUCGUCUUCACCCUGUCCAGCAUCAUCACUGUCCUCGCCACCAUACCUGUCAGCAUGGUGGGCUGCAGAGCUGGCCGGGCUGAUGGUUAUGAAAGGAUCCAGGGGGACUGAGGGUGGUGAUGUCAUCGUGUCACCAUGUCAGGCUAUGAGACAAUACUGGUGGUGAACUGUGAAUGUUGGGGAAACUGCAUUAUAAUGAGCCUUGGAUUGAAUCCCAGCCUGAGACUGAGCCAAUGGACAUGAACUGACAGGGUAUUAAUGAGAAGAGUGUUGACAUUCUCCAGAGGUUGACUGGUCCACUGCCUACUACCCAUGGCCUUAAUAUAGAAUAAGUAUAGACUGGUCCACUGCCUACUACCCAUGGCCUUAAUAUAGAAUAAUUAUAGACUGAUCCACUGCCUACUACCCAUGGCCUUAAUAUAGAAUAAUUAUAGACUGAUCCACUGCCUACUACCCAUGGCCUUAAUAUAGAAUAAUUAUAGACUGAUCCACUGCCUACUACCCAUGGCCUUAAUAUAGAAUAAUUAUAGACUGAUCCACUGCCUACUACCCAUGGCCUUAAUAUAGAAUAAUUAUAGACUGAUCCACUGCCUACUACCCAUGGCCUUAAUAUAGAAUAAUUAUAGACUGGUCCACUGCCUACUACCCAUGGCCUUAAUAUAGAAUAAUUAUAGACUGAUCCACUGCCUACUACCCAUGGCCUUAAUAUAGAAUAAUUAUAGACUGAUCCACUGCCUACUACCCAUGGCCUUAAUAUAGAAUAAUUAUAGACUGAUCCACUGCCUACUACCCAUGGCCUUAAUAUAGAAUAAUUAUAGACUGAUCCACUGCCUACUACCCAUGGCCUUAAUAUAGAAUAAUUAUAGACUGAUCCACUGCCUACUACCCAUGGCCUUAAUAUAGAAUAAUUAUAGAAUAAAUCAUCACAUAAUGUAUGCCAUUUAGCUUUCAGUUACGUAUGGGUAGCGGUGCAAGCUCCAGGCUAUACCGACUGAGGCACACACUUCUUCUUGUGGUCACUGUCAAGACAAGAUGAUUGUACUAUAGUUUCUAAAGACAAGCUGUCACACCAUGAUCUGUUUCACCUGUCUUGUGCUUGUGUCCACCCCCCUCCAGGUGUCGCCCAUUUUCCCCAUUAUCCCCCUGUGUAUUUAUACCUGUUUUCUCUGUUUGUCUGUUGCCAGUUCGUCUUGUCUUGUCAAGCCUACCAGCGUUCUUCCCAUACUCCUGUUUUCUCUCUGGUCCCUGCUUUAUAGUUUUCCCGGUUUUGACCAUUCUGCCUGCCAUGACCGGCGUUCUGUACCUUGUGACACUGCCCUGGAUUACUGACCUCUGCCUGCAUCUGGGUCUGAUCCUGAGUUCUGAUCAUACGAACUGGCCACUAUCAAACCUCAUGUCUCAAAUGUGUCAAGGAUUAAAAAUCCUUCUUUAACCGGUCUCCUCCCCUUCAUCUACACUGAUUGGAGUGGAUUUAACAAGUGACAUCAAUAAGGGAUUAUAGCUUACAUUUACAUUUUUGUAAACAUUUUUAGUCAUUUAGCUCUUAUCCAGAGCGACUUACAGUAGUGAAUACAUACAUUUCAUGCAUUCUUUUUUAUUUAUUUUAAUUUUUUGUACUGGCCCCCCGUGGGAAUCGAACCCACAACCCUGGCGUUGCACACGCCAUGCUGGCGUUGCAAACACCAUGCUCUACCAACUGAGCCACAGGAAAGACAAGCUUUCACCUGGAUUAAGCUGGUCAGUCUAUGUCAUGGAAAGAGCAGUUGUUCUUAAUGUUUCGUAUACUCAGUGUAUGUCGCAAGUAAAAGCCUUGGGUGGCGAGUUGAUAUGAUUCCAAGUCUGGAAGGUUAAAACCACUCUCAGAUUUAGGGACAUGUAAAACUUUCCAAUUUAUUCUAUGAGUUUUAUAUGAAGUCUGUCAUGGCUGGGUUUACUUUUGUAAAGAAUGUCUUCGGUGGGGUAAUUGGUACUCCCAUUAAAUCAAUAUGAAAACGUUGGGAGCCAUGCCAUUCUAAAGAGGUGUAUUCUACCUGUAAGAUUUAUGGGGAGCUUGUUCCAUUUAUCUAGAUCUGCUUUCAUUUUUUUUGAGUAAUGAGAUAAAGUUAUCUUUCUAUAUAUUUGUUGUUUGUUGUCACUUAUUAAGCAUUCUAAGUAUUUCAUCUUUUUUGUAGCAUACUUAAAGGUUUGCUGUAGAUUUUUCCUAUUGACAUUAUUUCCACGUUCAUUUUAAAUCCUGAGAUUUUUGAGUAUUACGGAUUUGUUUUUAACAAGGGGGGCAUUGAGUUUUCACUAUUAGUCAGGUAUAUCAGGAGAUCGUCAGCAGACAAGUUUAGUUUAUAUUCAUGUUUACCAAUACUGAUACCUGUUACGUUUGGAUCCUGUCAAAUUCUUACUGGAUGUGGUUCAAUUGCCAGUGCAAAAAGGAAGGGGGAGAAGGGACGUCCCUGCCUUGUACCCCUUUCUAAAGAAAUGUAAUCAGAUAAUGGAUUCGUUUUGUAUAUUUUAGCUUUAUGAUUUUUGUAUAAUAUUUGUAUGAAAUUUAUUAUUUUAGCUGGAAAGAUGAAUGCUUCCAAAGUUUUUAAUAUAAGAGGCCACACAAGACAGUCAAAAGCCUUUUCAGCAUCAACAUUCAUUGUUGAUAAAUCUUGUUUUUUUUUGCAUAUUGUAUUAUACUAAAACAUGUCAUUGUAUUUGUUUGUAAGCCUUUUUUAAUAAACCCUUAAUAUGAAUCAAGUACUUUUGCCAUUCUGUUGCUUAUAAGUUUUGUUAUUAUUUUUAUUGUUGCCAAUUUAUAAAAAUGAAUCUUUAAUCUGCAGGGGAAUCUGGUUUUAAUAUGACUGAAAUAACCGUUUGAUACAUGGAUAUUGGAAGUACUGAAUUGAGUGUUGUCAAUUAUUUAUUUUCAUAUCUGCUGAUAAUUGCUUCAGGGUUGUUGAGUCUAAGAAGGCUAUCAGAUCUGUUAUUUAAUUCUGAUUUAUAUUGAUUUUCAUAGAAGCUUUUAUAUUUUAUAUUGUUAUUAAUAGCGUUGUUUCUAAUUAAAGCAUUUGCAUCCUUUUAAAAAUUA